ACAUGAAACUGAGAUGAGAGGGUUGGGUUGUUUGUUUGUGAAGUGUGAAGUGUGAAGUCUUUGGUUGGUGUUCUUGAAAGAAAACCCCAAUAUUCCGACUCCAAUUCCAAUUGCGAUUCAGUUAAUCCAAUCCUGGCUUCAGAUAUCUGGAAGCGCUUGUUCCCGGCCCGAAGAAGCAGGUCGUUGCCGUUGCCGGGAUCAGCUUGGGUUCCAAUUCCAAACAUAGGAAUAGGAAUCAGAAUGGGAACCAACAUAAACCUCUUUAAGCUCUGCUCUGCCCUCAGAGUUCUGGGCUACUUCAUGAUCCUCUUGUUCGCCGCCAUUGUUGCCCUCAGUUACUACGCCGUCGUUUUAAUCACGUGGGGCCCUCUCCUCUUCCACUCCCCUCUCCGCCUCCCCUCCUUUUUCUCCGCCUUCUUCGUUCUCCUCCUCUUUCACAUUCUCCUCGUACUCUUAACCUGGUCCUACCUCAUGGUCGUACUUAACGAUCCCGGUUCCGUCCCUCACAAUUGGAGACACCAUCAACAACAACUUCGCUCCGAUUUCGAUUUGGAGACAGCGCCGCCAACGCCCUCUCCCGCCUACUGCACUCGAUGCCAGAAUGGCAAGCCACCGCGCUGCCACCACUGCUCUAUUUGCCAAAGGUGUGUUCUGAAGAUGGAUCAUCAUUGCAUAUGGGUCGUCAACUGCGUUGGGGCUCGUAACUACAAGUACUUUCUCCUAUUUUUGCUGUAUACAUUUCUCGAGACAACACUGGAUUGCUUAGCUCUGGUUCCUAGUUUUAUCAGAUUCUUUGGUGGAAACAAGAAUCAUUCAAUGUCUCCCGGGGGCUUUGCCGUCAUCUUUUUGGCUUCUAUUCUUAAUUUAGCCUUUGCGCUCAGUCUUCUCUGUUUCGUUGUUAUGCAUAUAUCUCUUCUGCUAAGCAACACAACUUCAGUAGAGGUUCAUGAAAAGAAAAAAGGAGUUAGGUGGAUGUACGACCUCGGCUGGAAGAGGAAUUUUGAGCAGGUUUUUGGCACUAAGAAGGCCCUGUGGUUGUUUCCAUUAUUUUCAAAAGAGGAUUUAGAAAACAUACCUGCUCUGAGGGGGAUUGAUUUCCCGACGCGUUCUGAUGUUGAUGUAUGAAGCCCGGGUAGCUUUUAGGUUUGAACAUUUUUUUAGUUAACUUAUACUUAUUUCAUGAGAGUGCAGCUUAGGGAGUGAAAUUAUGAAAAUAUUACUCUGCUUGAUGUGUUUGAAAUUAAGAAUUGUCCAGUAGGUGUAUAUAUGAUUUUCGAUUCAGUUUGUACUGAUUAUUCGUAUACUUUUUGUCGUCUGAGGCGGACAAAAUGUAGAGUUGCUUUCGAAGGACAAAAUUCAUUCCAAGUGUUUGACCUGUUGAUUGUUGCACUGUUCUGGGAAAAUGUUAUUGUGGACUUGUGUGUGGAAUUUAUUGAUUGAAGUGGAAUUUGCACUUUUAUCUGUUAA